AUGGAGGGGAUGCAAGCGUAUGGAGCCGGGAAAGCCGGAGGAGCUUUCGACCCGGUCACCUUUUUCCAGCAACCUCAGACAAUACUACGCAUCGUGUCGUGGCUCUUCUCCAUCGUCAUCUUUGGGUGCAUCGCCAACGAGGGCUACAUAAACAGGCCCAAUGAAGUACAGGAGUACUGCAUUUUCAACCAGAACCAGAACGCAUGCAACUAUGGAGUGUUCAUGGGCUCCAUGGCGUUUCUGUGCUGCGUGGCCUUCCUGGCCCUGGAUGUCUACUUCCCGCAGAUUAGCAGCGUCAAGGACCGCAAGAAGGCAGUAAUGGCCGACAUUGGCGUUUCAGCCUUUUGGUCGUUCAUGUGGUUUGUGGGCUUCUGCUUCCUGGCCAAUCAGUGGCAGGCAACUGACCAGAAUGAAGACCCACUGAGGGAGCGUGGAGACGCCGCCCGAGCUGCCAUUACCUUCGCCUUCUUCUCCAUCUUUACUUGGGCGGGACAGGCCUUCCUGGGCUUCCAGAGGUACAAGCUGGGGUCCGAUUCGGCCCUUUUCUCACAGGAGUACACUGACCCCAGUCAGGAUGCGGUGGCCGGAAGUGGACCCUACACCUCCUUUGGCAGUGAUGACUUGGAGAGCGGCGGAGGAGGCAGUGGGCAGGCGGUGGACAGCGUUUUCGACGGUACCACUGGAUAUCAGCGUCAGGACUACUAA